AUGAGCAGAGAUGAGCUCGUGGAGCGAACCCAGAAGCAAAUGCUGUUGAUCAAACGCCUCAAGGAGCAACUGGACGAUGCCAAAGCCAAGCUGGAAGCACAGCAACCGGAGCAAGCGUCACAGGCUAAGGACGAUGAUGGAAAACCAGGGACAGCCGACCAAGCUCACCACCAACAACAGGUGAAGCAGCUGCAGGAUGAGGUCGUCAAGUACAAGAGAUUGGCUGUGAAGCUCAAGACUGUCAGCGAAGGGAAGGACAAAACGAUAUCCGACUUGAAGGCAGAGCUGCAAACAGCCCAAGAUACAAUCGAUGGCCUGAGAGCGCAGGUUGAGGCCAGUGCUGGCGCUGCGGCUGCCGACGACCAGCGAAUGGAAGACGAGCAGAAGCACGCGGAGGAGGUGGCGCAGCUGCAGAGCACGAUUGACGACCUUCGCACACAGUUGCACGCGUUGAAGGAGGAGAAGGCUGCGGCUGAGGAGAGGGCUGCGGCUGAAGCUCGCGGUCUGGCAGAGGCAAAGGAGGAGGCGAAGAGCGACCUGGACGCGGCGAGAGCACGGGUGCGUGCAUUGGAGAAUGAGUUGGAGACAGCACGCGAAGACGCACGCGGGGCAACGGCAGAACUGGCAAAGGCAAAGGCGGAGAUGGACAGCAUGCGCGCGCAGGAAAGAGAGAGGCAGCAGCAGGAAGAGGAAGAGAGGCAGCGAAGGAGGAAGCAGCAACACCAGGAGGUGGAGGAAUUGCAGCAGCAGCAGCAGCAGCAGCAGCAGCAGCAGCAGCAACAACAAGGGCAGCAGGGCGAGGAAGACAAGCAGGAGAAGGAGCCAGCGCAAGAGCAAGAAGCGGAAGAAGCAGGCAGAGAUAACGAAGAGGAUGCACGGAAAGAUACACACGCCGCUGACAGCGGUGGCAGUGGUGGUAGCGAGACUGGUGACGACAGCGAUGGCAACGACACCAGCGCGGAGGUGGAGUUGCUUCGGCAGCGGCUUGAGGUUGCAGAGGCGGAGCGAGCGUCGCUGUCUGACCGCUUGCAGAGCGCCGUGGCGAAAGUGGAGGAGGUGCAGGUGUUGCUGGCGCAGCAGACGGAGAACUACGAAGGCGCCGUGGCUGCAAAGGAGCAGGUCGAGGCCGAGCUGGCAGAGAUGGAGGGGGCGGUGGCCGACUUGAAGCAGCAGCGCAAGGUGCUUCAGGACGAGCUGGUUGCCUGCAAGCAACGAGCAGAGGAGGCGGAGGAGUCUGUGGAGGAAGUGCAGAAGGAAAUUGAGUCACGACGUGCUGUUGCAUCCAAAUUGAGUGCUGAGAACAAAGCCCUCAAGUCGCGAUUGGAGCAGGAAGAGCUCAACAGGGAAAGAAUACAGUCGGAUUAUCAGCGCGAGGCUGCUGCCCACUCCAAAACAAAACAGGCGCUGGCGGCUGCGGCGGAAAAUGCGUCACAGACGUCCAUGCUGGAUCUCGAACUUGCCGACUACCAGCGCGCAAACGACGCACUGCGCAUGCAAGUCGAGGACUUGAAACAGCAGCUGUCAUCUGAGGAAACGAAAAGAAAGGAGGCAGCGGAGAAGGCGGCGCAGCUUGAGGAGAAAAUGGAGCAAGCAGGGGCAUCGCAGAGCAAGACAGACCAGCAGAUGACAAAGCUGAAGCAGCUUGUAUUCAAGUCGAGGAAGGAUGUGGACGAGAAGAAACAGAAGAUCCAGGACCUCACAGACGAGCACGAGCGCUUGCUGGCAAAGGUGGAUGAAUUGGAGGGCGAAUUGGAGGCGAAGACCACCGCCAUCACGGAGAAGGACGCAACAAUCGACGCUCUCAAGAGCGAACAGCGGGAGGCGGAAAUGGCGCACGAGGUGGAGGUGCGGGAAUUGCAGUACGAAGCUGCGCAGAAGCAGCGGCAGCUGGAAGAGGCGACCAGCGAGACGCACCGCAUCAGCGCAGACUUCCAGAAGUACAAAGCGCGCGUGCACACGACGCUCAAGGCCGACAAGCACCACCAGUCUGCCCAGGAGGCCGUGUCGCGCGUGUCGCAAUUGGAGCAGCAGCUGGCGGAGGCAACCAAACGCGUGGAGGAGAGGACGGCACAGCUCAGCGACUGCCAGGCCGCGUUUGCUGAUGUUGACGAGCACUACAUGGAGUUGAGUCAGCGCUAUGAGCACCUGUCCCGUGAGCACUCCGACCUCAAGCACCAGCACCAGCAAGAGGUGCAACGACACAUGGAUUUGCAGCGUGAGAAGGAGCGCGAGCACAUCAACGCCCUUGCGGCGCUGCGGCAGCAGAAUCGCGACGCAGUUGAUUCGCAGCAGGCCACGUUCCGUCAGGCGAAAUCGGCGCUCGAGGCGGAAAACGCGCGGCUGCAGCGCGAACUCAAGCAGGCAGAGGAGCGCCUUGAAGCAGCCAAGAAGCAGGCACAGCAGCACCAGCAGCAACAACAACAACAGCAGCACCACCACCACGAAUAUCAACAACACUCAAUCGCACAGCCCGGAAACGAUGUUUACAGCGGUGAUUCCGUGUUUACGGGAUCGAGUCCCUCAACUGCGGCGCCGUCUGCCGCACACACAACCGGCGACAUCACGCCCAGAGGUGGCGUGAGUUCACGUGGAAGCACGAGCGAUCCGCCCUCGCGAUUCGGUGCAGAUUUGGCGUCCCUCAUCGCUGGCAAGGUCACGCCAAGUGCAACUGCAAGCACAUCAGCAGGUGAUGAUCUUGUGUUUGAGAGCUCGGAGGAGAUGAGACAACAGCUGCUCGCGCUGCGCAAACAACUGCAGCACACGACAUCUGUCCUGCACGAGAGCGAGGCCAACGUUGGUCGCCUGGUUGAGGAGAACAAGCUGCUGAAGACGGAGAUACGGCGGGACGAGUUGAACGAGCAGCGGAAAGGGCUCAACCUGGAGUACCUCAAGAACGUGGUGCUGACGUUUCUUCGGUCGCGCGACGAGCGGGAACAGCUGCUGCCAGUCAUCUCGACGCUGCUGCGCCUCACGCCAGAGGAGAUGCGGUCGCUGCAGCGCGCGAAUGUGUCGGACGUGCCCUUUGGCGACGGCUGGUUCCCGCGGUGGCAGUGA